AUGGUCAAGCUCAAUCUAUACGGCCGUGGUCGGCCGCUCAGAAUUGCGAUUAUGUUUACCUGCCAAUUGGCGUUUAUUCUCUUUGGCUACGACCAGGGAGUGUUCUCUGGAAUCGUGGGCAAUGACGAUUUCCUCGAGAUCGUACACCACCCCAGCGCAGGAAUCCUGGGGAUCAUCGUAUCGAUAUACAACUUGGGUUGCUUCACGGGUACCAUCGUCUCCUUCGUAACGGGCGAUCGACUCGGUCCACGAAAGUCGAUGUGGUUUGCAAUGGUGUGGAUUAUCGUUGGCGCAACCCUCCAAACAACAGCAUUCUCACGAGCACAACUACUAGUCGCCCGCUUCAUCACUGGUAUCGGCACGGGUAUCGAAACAACCACCGUCCCCGUGUAUCAGUCCGAGCUCUGCGAAGCCAAGAAACGAGGCAAGUACGUGAGCAGUGAACCGUUAUUCGUCGGCGUUGGUAUCGUGAUUGCGUACUGGUUCGACUACGGGAUGUCAUAUGUCCCUGGCGCGAUCAACUGGCGACUUCCAAUUGCCUGCCAGAUGAUUUUCGCCUUUAUGGUUAUUGUUUUGGUGUUUGGUCUGCCCGAGAGUCCUCGAUGGUUAUACCGUCACAACAGGCACGACGAGGCGAUGCAGGUUCUGUGCGAUGUGUAUGACCUGCAGCCCGAUGACCCAAAGAUUGUCUCUGAGUCGGAGGGUAUCCUGGAAGCAAUCGAGCUUGAGACGCUACAUGGUGAAUAUAAAUGGUCGCAGAUUCUCAAGCGAGACGAGGUUCAGACGGGGAAGCGUGUGCUACUGGCUUAUGGCAUGCAAUUCAUGAAUCAGAUGGGUGGUAUCAACCUGGUAGUGUACUAUGUGACCUCAGUCUUGCAGUACAAUGUUGGUCUAGACCGAAAACUGAGUCUCUUGCUCGGGGGAAUUAUUCAAAUCAUGUUCGUGAUUGGCUCCUUCUAUCCAACCUUCUUCUCCGACCGAUACGGUCGUCGCCAACCCAUGAUGUGGGGAUCUUUCGGUCUUUUCAUAUCCAUGAUGAUGAUUUCCAUUCUACUCUCGUUCAAGGGAACAUCCGUCGAAAAACCAACAGCCUCCGCCUCGGUCGCCUUCUUCUUCCUCUUCAUGCUCAUCUUCGGAGCCUCAGUCAACUGUAUCCCAUGGGUCUACGGCCCAGAGAUCUUGCCACUGCAUAUCCGUGCAAAGGGACAAGCCAUCGGCAUCUCCGCAAACUGGCUAUGGAACUUCUUCGUGGUAAUGAUCACCCCGACUUUAAUCGAGAAUCUCGCCUGGAAGGGCUACCUCAUCUUCAUGUGUUUGAAUCUAGUCUUUGUCCCGAUUGUUUACUUCUUCUACCCCGAGACAGCAAAUCUUACUCUCGAGGAAAUCGAUUUUCUAUUCACCGACCGCGCGAGACAUCCUUCUUUGGGCGCUCAUGGAAAUGUCGGUGGAGAGGGUGGAGAUGCGGAGAAUACUAGCAAGGAGAGUGGGAGUACCAGUCCAGUGGAGGUGCGGGAAGAUCUCAUCAAGGAAGAAAAGUAG